GCCCUGAGCGCGCCCGCCCCUCCGCCCGCCGGGGCCGCGGCCUCACGCCUCUCCACUCCCGCGCCCUUGCCCCGGCCCCGGCUCGGGUCCCACCCGCGUGGGGCAGACAGACGGACAGACAGCCCCGCGAGGGCGCGCGGACUGCCGGGCGGAGGUGUCGGACGAGGAGGAGGAGACGGAGGAGGGGGCUGGGCAGGGGCUGAAGCCCGGCGGGGAAGACAUGCGAUUGGUGACCGAGCCGAGCGGACGGACGGUGCGCCCGAGAUGCAGGAGUAACCAGCAGGGUUCAUGGUGCCAGAAAGGCAGGAGCAACAUGGUGAGCGAGAGGAUGCUGGCGGGGGGCGCGAGGAGCAUGCCCAGCCCCCUCCUGGCCUGCUGGCAGCCCAUCCUCCUGCUGGUGCUGGGCUCGGUGCUGUCAGGCUCGGCCACCGGCUGCCCGCCCCGCUGUGAGUGCUCGGCCCAGGAGCGUGCCGUGCUCUGCCACCGCAAGCGCUUCGUGGCAGUUCCUGAGGGUAUCCCCACCGAGACCCGCCUGCUGGACCUGGGCAAGAACCGCAUCAAGACGCUCAACCAGGACGAGUUCGCCAGCUUCCCACACCUGGAAGAGCUGGAGCUCAAUGAGAACAUCGUGAGCGCCGUGGAGCCCGGCGCCUUCAACAACCUCUUCAGCCUGCGGACGCUGGGGCUGCGCAGCAACCGGCUGAAGCUCAUCCCCCUCGGCGUCUUCACGGGCCUCAGUAACCUGACCAAGCUGGACAUCAGCGAGAACAAGAUCGUCAUCCUGCUGGACUACAUGUUCCAGGACCUGUACAACCUCAAGUCACUGGAGGUCGGCGACAACGACCUUGUCUACAUCUCCCACCGGGCCUUCAGCGGCCUCAACAGCCUAGAGCAGCUGACGCUGGAGAAAUGCAACCUGACCUCCAUCCCCACCGAGGCGCUGUCCCACCUGCACAGCCUCAUCGUCCUGAGGCUCCGGCACCUCAACAUCAACGCCAUUCGGGACUACUCCUUCAAGAGGUUGUACCGGCUCAAGGUCUUGGAGAUCUCCCACUGGCCCUAUUUGGACACCAUGACACCCAACUGCCUCUACGGCCUCAAUCUGACCUCCCUGUCCAUCACCCACUGCAACCUGACCGCCGUGCCCUACCUGGCCGUGCGCCACCUGGUCUAUCUCCGCUUCCUCAACCUCUCCUACAAUCCCAUCGGCACCAUCGAGGGCUCCAUGUUGCAUGAGCUGCUGCGGCUGCAGGAGAUCCAGCUGGUGGGCGGGCAGCUGGCCGUGGUGGAGCCCUACGCCUUCCGCGGCCUCAACUACCUGCGCGUGCUCAACGUCUCGGGCAACCAGCUGACCACCCUGGAGGAGUCGGCCUUCCACUCGGUGGGCAACCUGGAGACGCUCAUCCUGGACUCCAACCCGCUGGCCUGCGACUGCCGGCUCCUGUGGGUGUUCCGGCGCCGCUGGCGGCUCAACUUCAACCGGCAGCAGCCCACGUGCGCCACGCCCGAAUUCGUCCAGGGCAAGGAGUUCAAGGACUUCCCCGACGUGCUCCUGCCCAACUACUUCACCUGCCGUCGCGCCCGCAUCCGGGACCGCAAGGCGCAGCAGGUGUUCGUGGACGAGGGCCACACGGUGCAGUUUGUGUGCCGGGCGGACGGCGACCCGCCACCCGCCAUCCUCUGGCUCUCGCCCCGCAAGCACCUGGUUUCGGCCAAGAGCAACGGGCGACUCACAGUCUUCCCCGACGGCACGCUGGAGGUGCGCUACGCCCAGGUGCAGGACAACGGCACGUACCUGUGCAUCGCGGCCAACGCGGGCGGCAACGACUCGAUGCCAGCCCACCUGCACGUGCGCAGCUACUCGCCCGACUGGCCCCAUCAGCCCAACAAGACCUUCGCUUUCAUCUCCAACCAGCCGGGCGAGGGAGAGGCCAACAGCACCCGAGCCACCGUGCCUUUCCCCUUCGACAUCAAGACCCUCAUCAUCGCCACUACCAUGGGCUUCAUCUCUUUCCUGGGCGUCGUCCUGUUCUGCCUGGUGCUGUUGUUCCUCUGGAGCCGGGGCAAGGGCAACACGAAGCACAACAUCGAGAUCGAGUACGUGCCCCGCAAGUCGGACGCGGGCAUCAGCUCCGCCGACGCGCCCCGCAAGUUCAACAUGAAGAUGAUCUGAGGAGGGGGUGGGGGCGGGGGGCAGGGGCCCCCGGGGCAGGCCGGGCAGGGGAAGGGGCUUGGCCGCCGAGCGCUCGCUCCUCAGUCCUUCCCGCCGCUCCCCUGGCCCCCCACACACAUCCCUGUUCCCUGCGGCUCCCUCCCACCCCCCCCCACCCCCUGCCGGCCCUCACCGCCUGCCCUCUGUCUACCAGGACCUCCGCAGGCCAGGCCUGGGGACCCCACCUGCACAGGGCCACCCGUUGACAGACUGGAGUCAGAAGCCGACAGACCGACACGCGGCACAGUCAAUAAUUCAAUAAAAAAAAGUUACGAACUUCCUCUGUAACUUGGGUUUCAAUAAUUAUGGAUUUUUAUGAAAACUUGAAAUAAUAAAAAGAGAAAAAAAAACCUAUUUCCUAUAGCUAGUCGGAAUGCAAACUUUUGACGUCCUGAUUGCUCCAGGGCCCUCUUCCAACUCAGUUUCUUGUUUUUCUCUUCUUCCUCUCCCUCCUCCUUCUCUUCCUCCUUUCUCUUCUCUUCCCCUAUGGGGAGGGAUCACUCAGGAAAACAGGAAAGGAGGCUCCAGCACCCCCCUGCCCGGGCAGCUGACAGGAGCGGGCAGGGCGGCAGGUGCGGGCCCGGCUCCGGGCUGGCCGUCUGCAGGGAGCAGGCGGAGGAGACAGGGCUGCCUGGUGGGGGUGGGGGCUGGUGGCCAAGCCGCCGGGAAGCAGUACUGCCGGGGGUCGGGGGCCCGACUCGGGUGUGGCUGAGACUCUGGACAGGGGCUGGGGUCCUCCUGCAGGACGGCACAGUCAGUGCAGAGGGCCAGGAGCUGGAGGCGGGACCGAGGCCUAACUUCUGGUCCCAGCUCUGCCACUGACUUACUGUGUGGUUUCAGACAGGUCACUGACCCUCUCUGGGCCUCAGUCUCCGCAUCUGUACAAAUGGAAACGUGACCCCCCGCCCUGCCUACCUCACAGGGCUGUUGUGAGGAAUUGAUGAGAUGAUGUAUGUGAAACACUUUGUAACCUGUAAAGCGCUGUGCACAUGU